AUGAUCACCUGUAUUGUAAGGCGCAUCGCACCUCCUUGUCGUGCAUUUUCGACGAGUACGAAUGUAUGGAAGAACUUUCCCAACAUGCCGAAGGGCAUUAUAAGAAGUGGAAAGAGUUCAUUGGGCCUGGCGAAUCCAGUGCUUGUCCAUGAAAAAUCGUACAUCGAUGGCAAAUGGGUCAAUGCAUUGAAUGGUCAGACACAACCUGUCUACAAUAAGGCCACCAAUGAAGUAUUAGCCGAGGUAGUAGACCAGGGACGUCAAGACACAGAGAUGGCUAUCAAAGCGGCUGAAGAGGCGUUCCAGACAUGGUCCAAGACUACGCCACAUGAGCGUCAUAAUUACCUUCUUGCUCUUUUUGCCAAGAUUCAAGAGAAUGCAGAAGACUUUGCUCGACUGAUAGUGGCUGAGAAUGGUAAAGCCAUUUCGGAUGCCCGUGGCGAAGUGAACUACGCCAACUCAUACGUGCAGUGGUUUGCGGAGGAAGCUCUUCGAAUUCAGGGAUACACAACACCAUCUCCCAAUCCUAGCAAUCGCACAACAGUGAUUCGGCAGCCUGUAGGUGUAGCUGCUCUGAUUGCACCUUGGAACUUUCCCUUGGCCAUGAUUACCCGUAAAGUAGCACCUGCCCUUGCUGCUGGCUGCACUACAGUGGUCAAAGCACCUCACGAGGCUCCAUUAAGUGCAUUGGCUUUGGCAUAUUUGGCGGAGGAAGCAGGUAUUCCAAAAGGUGUGAUCAACGUGUUGGUCUCAUCUCGUGGUAAAAACGAGUCGGAGAUGGGCAAGGCACUUUGCGAGAGUACAUUGGUCGACAAGCUUUCCUUCACUGGAUCCACCAGAGUAGGUAAGAUUCUCAUGGGUCAGUCGGUCAAUACGCUCAAGAAAUUUUCGAUGGAACUGGGCGGCAAUGCACCGUUUAUUGUAUUUGAUGAUGCGGAUGUGGACGCGGCCGUCAGCAAUGCUGUGGCUUGUAAGUUCCGCUGUGGUGGACAAACGUGCAUUUCGGCCAACCGAAUCUACGUGCACGAACAAGUGCACGACGAGUUUGUCUCCAAGUUUGUCGAGAGAGUCAAGAAGCUUCGCGUGGGCUACGGUCUGGACGAAAACAUCAACAUUGGACCGCUAGUGAAUGAGGCUAGUCAGGACAAAGCAGAGUCACAUGUCCGUGCAAUGCAAAAGGUUGGCUCUGAAGUGGUCUUGGGAGGUGACAAGGGCGAGGGACUCUUUUUUGAGCCCACCGUCGUGCUUGUCAAACCAGGGGAACGCGUGCCUACUGACGAUGAAGAAACGUUUGGUCCCGUGGCUGCUAUCUAUAAAUUCCAAUCUGAAGAACAAGUGCUUCGUCUGGCGAACGACGUGCGUGUGGGCUUGGCAGGCUACUUCUUCAGCGAGAAUGUGCAUCGCUGCUACCGCGUGGCUGAAGCUCUGCACGUCGGCAUGGUUGGUAUCAAUACGGGUAUGAUUUCAUCUAGCACUAUGCCUUUUGGUGGUGUAAUGGAGAGCGGCUUUGGUCGUGAAGGAGGUCCUACCGGUAUUCACGAGUACCUGUACGAAAAAGCCCUCUCCUUUGGUGGCAUCUAG